AGGUGCGCUCGACGGAAAUGGCCUUUUCGCCGUGGUCGCGUACAUGGAGAUGCAUUGGAGUCCAAGCAACAAUCGUACAUGGAGAUGGCCUCCUGGUGCUGUCGAGGGAAACUCACGGUCUUCGCCGCGGCGUUUCCUCCCUUGUGCCUCUGGCCUCCAUAAAGUCGCCCCUUCCCUCUGCAGGGCAGCUAGAUCAUACAGCAUCAGAGAGGUUCCAGACCAUCCAUCUCCCCUUCCCUCUGCAGCAGUAACGCGGGCCGAUCGAUCAUGGCACCUGCAUCGACGCACGGCGACCACUUCGCGGAGGUGGUGUUGGUGCGCCAUGGGCAGACGGAUUGGAACGUCUCCCGCAUCAUUCAGGGACGGAUCGAUCAGGAGCUGAACGAAACUGGUAGGCAGCAAGCUGCCAAGGUUGCCCGUCGUCUGUCGGAAGAAGCCAAGCCAGCUGCCGUCUACUCCUCUGACUUGAAGCGUGCUUCCCAGACUGCGCAAACGAUCGCAGUGCAUUGCUGCGUAUCUGAUUCUGAUCUGGUGAUUGAUCGGGCACUGACGGAAAGGCACGGGGGAUUGUUCCAAGGUUGGACCUUUGACGAUGCCAAGAGAUCUGAAGCUUACAAGGUUUUCGCACGCGGUGGCAGAGAUCAAGAAAUACUUGGUGGUGGGGAGAGUCUUGAUCAACUUUCCGAGCGCUUAGUUCCCCGCUUGAACGCAAUCGCCGAGAAGCACAAGGGUGAGCGGGUGGUCGUCGUCUCCCAUGAGGCAGUCAUAGAGGAAAUCUGCAGGCACGCCGAUCCAACGAUCUCGGUUGGCAGGAAAAUUCCUAACACCUCAAUCAGCGUUGUCCAUAUCUCCGGUUCCGAUGGACGCUGGAUCCUGGAGAAGUUCGGGGACGCCGGACACCCCAUCGGAGAUGGCUUCCCGCAGAGUACAUUGUAACCGAAAAUAUGCUGCUCAUGUUCAUACAGACUGUUAAAGCAUAGGUGAUACCUUCGUUCCGUCCUCCAUUGCUACAAUGCUCUCAUUUGUCCGUGAGAACUUCUAUUUUCAGUCAAUCACACUGUAAUUUGUGAAAUGUAUUUUUUUUGAAAGUUAACAGAAGCACUUGAUAUGUAAAUUCGUUCCUUCAUGGCUACAAUGCUCUCAUUUGUCCGUG